AGAAAAAAGGGACAAUCUUGAAAGCAAUCUAAGCUAAAAUCUCUCCUAUUUACUCUCCCCAUUUUCUCUCUAUGUCCAUUGUCAGGCAGUAGCAGUGGAUGUGUUAUUGGGUCCAAGUUUGAGUUUGGGAAAAAUGGUUUUACAUUUACAAGAACAAAACAUAGAGCCCCAAAAUCCAAUCUUGAAUUUUGAUGCCCUUCUAUGUGAGGAUGAUCGAUUAGAUGAGGGAGAUUUGGGAGAAGGAUACCAUUCAGAUGAAAGAAAUCAGAAUGGGGUCAUCGAGAAUGUGAAAAAGAUUUCACCUUUAAUAGAAUGUGACUUGUUUUUGGAAGAUGGUGAGGUUGAAACUCUGUUAUCAAAUGAAAAAGUGAAUCUUUUUUAUUGUACUAGUUUAGUUUCAGAUGGGGUUUUGUUGGGGGUAAGAAAAAAGUCCUUGGAAUGGAUGUUGACUGUCAUUGACCACUAUGGUUUCAAUGCUUUGACUGUUGUGUUAGCUGUCAACUAUUUUGAUAGAUUUAUAUCUGGAUUUCUUUUUCAGAAGGUUAAGCCAUGGAUGAGUCAGCUUGUGGCUGUUGCUUGUCUUUCCAUUGCUGCUAAAGUAGAGGAGAUUCAAGUGCCCCUUUUGUUAGACCUUCAAGUAUCAAAUCCAAAGUAUGUGUUUGAGGCAAAGACUAUUCAGAAAAUAGAACUUCUGGUGUUGUCCACCCUCAAAUGGAAAAUGAAUCCAGUGACACCACUUUCAUUUAUAGACCAUAUCAUCAGGAGAUUUGGAUUGAUGACCAACCUACAUUCGGAGUUCCAGAGGAAAUGUGGAAACAUCAUUCUUGGUAUUAUCACUGGUGAGAUAUCUAUCUGA